AUAUGUUCCCUUUUAAUUUCAUAUUUUCCUCUUUUCUCUGACUAUAUUAGAUUCUAUUAACUUAGAGCAGCAGUCUACUUUUAUGUAUAUAUAACUAAAACUUUAUCAUAUGUCAUAAUAAAUGUUUUCUGGUGUUGUAAUCACUAAGGACACAAAUAUUCUUUACUCAUCACUGAUACUUAGAUUCUUUCACUUUUAUUGUUUGUCUCAGAAUAGUUGGUGCUCAUUUCUGUCUGGGAGGUGCUUUCUUUUUAUCUUUUCUCUUUCUGCUUCUAUCUGAUGUUAGCAAAAUAAUAGGAUUUAAGAGCCAUCUUAAUAUUAUAUAAAUGGCUCAAGACUAUGCCUUGGGAGCCUGGGGUUCCAGUCCUUGCUUUGUCCCUUCUGAAUUCCUCUGAAAUAGAAUAGGAGAGAAUUUAUGUCCAGUGUUUCCCAAAUUCCUAGCGUAAGAAUUGCUGGAGGCGCUCGUUGAAAACAAAGAUUCUUAGAUCCCUACCGAGAUCUACUGAAUUGGAAUUUCCAAAGGAAAAUGAUUCUUAUACUCAGGGAAGUUUCACUCACAUAGGACAAGAUUAAGAUUCCUUCCAUCUCUGAUAUUCGAUUCUGUGAAUACUAUCAUUAUACUGCCAUAAUCAAAAGAAGAAUUUUGUCUAAACAAAGGAGUGUCAGAAAACCACUGCCAAUACUCCAAAGUUUAGUAUUUGGGAUACCUAUGAGCACAAAUAAAUUGGUACAUUGCAUACAAGUGCUAUUCCAUCUACUCUGCCAGAUCAAGGAAAGCCACAACAUAAGUGGAUCUUCAAGGCAUCUGUGCCUCUGCUAGUUAACUUGACUAGUAACUUCUGACCAUUUAUUUUCCAUCCAAAGUCAUUAACCAAACCAAGUCAGAAAUGGCAGUGCUUCCUGAAAGAAUAACUAUAGCUUAAUUAUUAAUGCCACAGUCAGAAAUGAAGCUGGACUCUUCUUUGGGUAAAGGUUGGUGGGAGACAGUAGAAAUGAGGGGUGUAAUAGAAACUGAGAAGAUAUGGUCAAAGUCUGAGUUAAAGUUUAGAGAGGAAAAGACAGUUUAUCCUGGCCCUAUUUGUCAAUAAAUUAUUUGAAUAGUUAAUGUAAAAAUUUUGUGAGGGAUAGAGUUAUAGGUUUUCUCUCUUGUAUUUUCAAAUAAAAUAAUUCAUUCUGAUGUUGCCUGACCUUGUUGAUUUAGUCUUCAUUUUUCUUAUUUCUUUUGUAGCUCUCUAGCCUUUCUUUUCCCUUUUCUUUUGACAAACAACUAGAGGGGCACCAUGCUCUUUUCUUAUUCUUUUACUUCUUUGGCUUGACAAAAAUAACACAGCAUAAAAUGCACCUAGCAUUAUCAUGUUUGUUCUUGUUCCUCUUCUGAUAAGGACUAAAUGUAUAAUUAAGGAAAAUGGUGUUCACAACAGUACCUAGAAAGUAACUGGUUCACAAUUUUUCCUCAAAUUAAAUUUUAUUUAUUAAAUGAAAGAAUAGAUUAAUCUUGAAGUGAGAAAAUGAAAAUAUAAGGAAUGACUUUAGCAAAGAAGAACAAUGGUUCCCAAAUGUAUAUCACCAAUCCUUUUCUCUCAUUUUCUUUAGCCCCACCUCUUUAAUGGCUUAUAGGCUAUUUCUAGCUGAACUUUUAUGAUGUUGAAAACAAAAGUCUCCUUCCUUCCUUCCUUUCUUUUCUUUUCUUUCUUUCCUUUCUUUCCCUUCUUUUCUUUCUUUCUUUCCUUUCUUUCCCUUCUUUUCUUUCUUUCUUUCAAGUCUUGCUCCGUCGCCCAGGCUGGAGUGCAAUGGUGGGGUCUCGGCUCACUGCAACCUCUGCCUCUUGGGUUCAAACGAUUCUCCUGCCUCAGCCUCCUGAGUAGCUGGGACUAUAGGCGUGUGCCACCACACCCAGCUAAUUUUUGUAUUUUUAGUAGAGAUGGGGUUUCACUAUGUUGGCCAGGCUAAUCUUGAACUCCUGAGCUGUGAUCAGCCCACCUCGGCCUCCCAAAGUGUUGGGAUUACAGGCGUGAGCCUCUGCACCCAGCCAAAACUCACCAUCUUUCUUAUCUCCCAAACUCAGUUUUAUGAUGACUUUCCUUCUCCAAUGCAUUUUAAUCCUCUGCAUUCCUACAUUCCAUUUAUGUAACCUCCAUACCUGAAUAAUGACUGACACUAACUCCACUUUUCCCAGCUGUCAUGGCAUAGUGAAAAUUCCAGAUCUGCCACUUAGUGGACAGGUACUUUGAACAAAUUUCUUAACCUCUGGGAACAUUACUUUCUAUAAAAUGGGGAUAGUAAUAUGAAUUAGAAUAUAUAUGUUAUAGACAUACAACAUAGAUGUAAUUCAUAUAUAUUAACCUUUCAAUAGUAGAUGUUCAAUAAAUUACAGCUAUUGUUACCCUGAAAUCAGUUUUUCUUUUUUUUUUUUUUUGGAAAUGGAGUUUCGCUCUUGUUUUCCAGGCUGGAGUGCAAUGGUGCAAUCUCAGCUCACCGCAACCUCCGCCUCCCAGGUUCAAGUGAUUCUUCUGCCUUAGCCUCCUGAGUAGCUGGGAUUAUAGGCGCCCGCCACCACACCCAGCUAAUUUUUUUUUUGUAUUUUUAGUAGAGACAGGGUUUCACCAUGUGGGCCAGGCUAGUCUUGAAUUCCUGACCUAAAACGAUCCGCCUGCCUGGGCCUUCCAAAGUGCUAGGAUUAUAUGCGUGAACCACCGCGCCUGACCAUGGAAUCAGUUUUUCAAUCUGUGCUCGAGGUGUUGUGUUCUUAACUAUCUUCUACUCCUUUGCAAAGAUAAUCUUUCUUAAACAUAGAUUUUCUAAUCAGUUCUCUAGCAUUGUUUCAUUCUAUCUUUGGCAUGUUUUCACUUUGCUGUGCUGUACUUUUACACAUUCUUUUUAACUAUAGCUUCCUGCUUUGCUCUGGAUCAGGAAGCUAUUGAAGCUGACACCCACAGAGUUAAACUCAGUUGCUGAAGCCACCAGCUCCCCCUCCCAGUCCUUCUUUUCAGAGUAGGCUGGCAGCUGUCCUAACUGCCUACUAAAGCCAAAUGCUUGAGGAGAGAGAGAGAGUAAGGAGCCAGCCAUGAAUCCUUUCCAGAAAAAUGAGUCCAAGGAAACUCUUUUUUCACCUGUCUCCAUUGAAGAGGUACCACCUCGACCGCCUAGCCCUCCAAAGAAGCCAUCUCCGACAAUCUGUGGCUCCAACUAUCCACUGAGCAUUGCCUUCAUUGUGGUGAAUGAAUUCUGCGAGCGCUUUUCCUAUUAUGGAAUGAAAGCUGUGCUGAUCCUGUAUUUCCUGUAUUUCCUGCACUGGAAUGAAGAUACCUCCACAUCUAUAUACCAUGCCUUCAGCAGCCUCUGUUAUUUUACUCCCAUCCUGGGAGCAGCCAUUGCUGACUCGUGGUUGGGAAAAUUCAAGACAAUCAUCUAUCUCUCCUUGGUGUAUGUGCUUGGCCAUGUGAUCAAGUCCUUGGGUGCCUUACCAAUACUGGGAGGACAAGUGGUACACACAGUCCUAUCAUUGAUCGGCCUGAGUCUAAUAGCUUUGGGGACAGGAGGCAUCAAACCCUGUGUGGCAGCUUUUGGUGGAGACCAGUUUGAAGAAAAACAUGCAGAGGAACGGACUAGAUACUUCUCAGUCUUCUACCUGUCCAUCAAUGCAGGGAGCUUGAUUUCUACAUUUAUCACACCCAUGCUGAGAGGAGAUGUGCAAUGUUUUGGAGAAGACUGCUAUGCAUUGGCUUUUGGAGUUCCAGGACUGCUCAUGGUAAUUGCACUUGUUGUGUUUGCAAUGGGAAGCAAAAUAUACAAUAAACCACCCCCUGAAGGAAACAUAGUGGCUCAAGUUUUCAAAUGUAUCUGGUUUGCUAUUUCCAAUCGUUUCAAGAACCGUUCUGGAGACAUUCCAAAGCGACAGCACUGGCUAGACUGGGCAGCUGAGAAAUAUCCAAAGCAGCUCAUUAUGGAUGUAAAGGCACUGACCAGGGUACUAUUCCUUUAUAUCCCAUUGCCCAUGUUCUGGGCUCUUUUGGAUCAGCAGGGUUCACGAUGGACUUUGCAAGCCAUCAGGAUGAAUAGGAAUUUGGGGUUUUUUGUGCUUCAGCCGGACCAGAUGCAGGUUCUAAAUCCCCUUCUGGUUCUUAUCUUCAUCCCGUUGUUUGACUUUGUCAUUUAUCGUCUGGUCUCCAAGUGUGGAAUUAACUUCUCAUCACUUAGGAAAAUGGCUGUUGGUAUGAUCCUAGCGUGCCUGGCAUUUGCAGUUGCGGCAGCUGUAGAGAUAAAAAUAAAUGAAAUGGCCCCAGCCCAGUCAGGUCCCCAGGAGGUUUUCCUACAAGUCUUGAAUCUGGCAGAUGAUGAGGUGAAGGUGACAGUGGUGGGAAAUGAAAACAAUUCUCUGUUGAUAGAGUCCAUCAAAUCCUUUCAGAAAACACCAUACUAUUCCAAACUGCACCUGAAAACAAAAAGCCAGGAUUUUCACUUCCACCUGAAAUAUCACAAUUUGUCUCUCUACACUGAGCAUUCUGUGCAGGAGAAGAACUGGUACAGUCUUGUCAUUCGUGAAGAUGGGAACAGUAUCUCCAGCAUGAUGGUAAAGGAUACAGAAAGCAAAACAACCAAUGGGAUGACAACCGUGAGGUUUGUUAACACUUUGCAUAAAGAUGUCAACAUCUCCCUGAAUACAGAUACCUCUCUCAAUGUUGGUGAAGACUAUGGUGUGUCUGCUUAUAGAACUGUGCAAAGAGGAGAAUACCCUGCAGUGCACUGUAGAACAGAAGAUAAGAACUUUUCUCUGAAUUUGGGUCUUCUAGACUUUGGUGCAGCAUAUCUGUUUGUUAUUACUAAUAACACCAAUCAGGGUCUUCAGGCCUGGAAGAUUGAAGACAUUCCAGCCAACAAAAUGUCCAUUGCAUGGCAGCUACCACAAUAUGCCCUGGUUACAGCUGGGGAGGUCAUGUUCUCUGUCACAGGUCUUGAGUUUUCUUAUUCUCAGGCUCCCUCUAGCAUGAAAUCUGUGCUCCAGGCAGCUUGGCUAUUGACAAUUGCAGUUGGGAAUAUCAUCGUGCUUGUUGUGGCACAGUUCAGUGGCCUGGUACAGUGGGCCGAAUUCAUUUUGUUUUCCUGCCUCCUGCUGGUGAUCUGCCUGAUCUUCUCCAUCAUGGGCUACUACUAUGUUCCUGUAAAGACAGAGGAUAUGCGGGGUCCAGCAGAUAAGCACAUUCCUCACAUCCAGGGGAACAUGAUCAAACUAGAGACCAAGAAGACAAAACUCUGAUGACUCCCUAGAUUCUGUCCUGACCCCAAUUCCUGGCCCUGUCUUGAAGCAUUUUUUUUCUUCUACUGGAUUAGACAAGAGAGAUAGCAGCAUAUCAGAGCUGAUCUCCUCCACCUUUCUCCAAUGACAGAAGUUCCAGGACUGAUUUUCCAGUACAUCUUUAAAUAAGGCCCCAGAGACUCUAUGUCUGCCCGUCCAUCAGUGAACUCAUUAAAACUUGUGCAGUGUUGCUGGAGCUGGCCUGGUGUCUCCAAAUGACCAUGAAAAUACACACGUAUAAUGGAGAUCAUUCUCUGUGGGUAUGCAAAGUUAUGGGAAUUCCUUUAUAGGUAACUGCCAUUUAGGACUGAUGGCCCUAAUUUUUGAGGUGCUGAUUUAGAGGCAAAAUUGCAGAAUAACAAAGAAAUGGUAUUUCAAGUUUUUUUUUUUAUAAGCAAUGUAAUUAUGCUAUUCACAGGGGCCUCAAGAAUUGGUAUGUAUGAUGUGAUCUGGUCCAGCCAGGGCCUGGCUUGUCAGCUCUCUAGGUUUAAUAUGACUUUAGUAAAUUUGUCAAUAUAGAUGGUAGGAAGCAGAAUGCCAUUUUAUUAAAACACAGGAGAAGUUAUAUCUCUCUGAUUAUGAUAGUAUUUUAUUUAGUUAUCCAAACCCUCCUUUCUUGGUAUGGAUAGAUCAUGGAAACCAGAUUAGAGAUAGUAAGCAUUAGUAAACAUUGUUCUGGAGAAUAGGAACAGGUGUAAGUUGUAGAAAUCCUGAAGAGCCAGUCAUUCUUUUACAGAGUACAUUCUUCUUAGCCUCUAUGGCGCUGGUCUAUGCCCUUCAGUGAACAGUUGUAUAAACAAUAAUUAUAAUUUGCAACCUUGUCUUGUCAACCUUGCUGAUCCAGCUUUUUCUUAUUAUUACACCUUGUCUUGCUUAUUGCAGCAAAUAUUCAAUAACAACAAUGUUUCUAUAAGUCCAACUUCCUUUAUUAAUGUUUCCAUUUAGCCUCAAAAAUAUCAAAGUAGUUCCUUUUUGAUGUUGUUUUCCUGAUUUACUUUUCCCAUAAGUUUUAAAUACCAUUUCUGCCUUGAAGCCUAGAAAUUUUCUUUUUAUUCAAAAAAAGUUACAUUAAUGCUCUAGGUUUGAGGUUCUAAAAUGGAAAUGUCAAUAGAGGAGCAUGGUCCUAUGUGAGGUUCCUAUCAAAAUUUGUGGGAGUAGGGAUGGUAGAGCAUGAGGGUUUUGUUUGUGUAUGUGUAUGGUCAUGAAAAAAAAUUGAGAAACAUUACCUCAUACACAAUGAAUGAAUCAGAGGAUAGACACGGGAAUGGCACGACUGUGCAGUGUGUUACUAGGAAAAAAGUUCAGAAUCACUGUUCUAGAGAGCUUCAUUUCCAUUGGUUUUAAAACAUUAUUCUCAUGUAGAACAGUGUUGGGUCUCAUACUGUUAAUGUUAAUACGUAACAAUGUUCAUGUUAACAGGCACCUGUUAAUAUUAACAGAUAAUGUUACUGUUAACAGGUAAGAGAAAUUGCUCUAAGUGUCCAAACUUUAUAUACUUCAGUUUUAAUGACAAGCAUUUCAGAAGUAUAAGAGCGGCAGCCAGACCAACCAGUUUUUCCAGAUAUCUUGAUGUGAACCUGACCCUACUCCUUUAGAAGACAGCCUGUUCAUUUUUAAAUAGCUUUAACCCAAACUGUUCUAUGACCAUUGUUUCAAGAGACAUUAACACAGUUCUGUAAAUAGAAGUGUCUAUGGACAAAUAAGUUUGGGAAAUGUGGCAUACUGUAUCCUUUUCUUAACAUUUGCAUAUUAAAGACUCUGAGAUAUCCUGCAGUAAAGACACAA